GUCAUUCCUAUAAUCAUGUCAUGUAAUGGUGAUCCUUUUCGUGUUUUCUGGUUUAAUUCAUUUUGUUGGUUUCUUUUUUGAUGCAAAAUUUUGACCUUUCUAUGAGGACUCAGCAACUCUGACUGACAUCAAAUAGAAUACAAUCGGCUGCUUUGUCUCUCUUGUAUCACUUUUUUUUUUCUUUUCCACUCACACCCCGCUCUCUUUAUAAGCACCGCACCCGACGCUUUCACUACGCUUCAACUCUCCCUCUCUCUCUCUCUCUCUCUCUCUCUCUCUCUCUCUCUCUCUCUCUCUCUCUCUCUCUCCCACUCAUCCUUACGGUUUUAUUUCUCUUUCUUUCACACUCCCAAUGGACAAAGCUCAAACCGAACCCUGGCGACCCGACCCGCUUCACGGCGGCAUGUUUCGGCCACCGGAGACGCCGCGCGAGCCCAUGGAGUUCCUCUCCCGUUCCUGGAGCGUCUCCGCCCUCGAAGUCUCUAAGGCUCUCUCUCCGGCGUUCUCGAAAAUCACCCUCUCCGGUAGCGGCGCCGCCGAUGCUAUACCCGAGGACGUUGCCGGUGAGAGUGAGGAAGCGUCCGCCAUGGUUUCCGGGAACCCGUUCUCCUUUGCCUCCUCGGAGACUUCUCAAAUGGUGAUGGAACGAAUCAUGUCACAAUCCCAGGAGGUGUCUCCACGAACUUCAGGAAGACUCUCUCACAGCAGUGGCCCUCUUAACGGAACCCAAAGCUGUGGCUCCCUAACCGAUAGCCCUCCUGUUUCUCCUUCUGAAAUCGACGAUAUCAAGUACACCCGCUCCAACAACAUCUCCAGCAGUCUGAGUCUUAAUUUCAGAACAACGCCUGCAGCCUCCGGUAAGACAGUUGGAAGGUGGCUCAAGGAUAGGAAGGAGAAGAAAAAGGAGGAGACUAGAGCGCACAAUGCUCAGCUCCAUGCGGCGGUGUCGGUCGCCGGAGUUGCCGCAGCGGUGGCGGCGAUAGCCGCUGCCACCGCCGCCUCGUCCGGGUCUGGGAAAGACGAGCAGAUGGCUAAGACGGACCUGGCGGUGGCGUCGGCGGCGACACUGGUGGCGGCACAGUGCGUGGAGGUGGCGGAGGCUCUGGGUGCCGAACGCGAACAUCUUGCGUCCGUGGUUAGCUCGGCGGUGAAUGUGAGUUCUGCCGGCGAUAUUACAACUCUAACUGCUGGGGCUGCGACAGCUUUGCGUGGGGCUGCCACAUUGAAAGCGAGGGCCCUGAAAGAUGUUUGGAAUAUCGCAGCUGUAAUUCCCGUGGAGCGAAAUUUGGGAGCUGGUGGAGGCAAUAGUAUUAUUAUUAACAAUAAUAAUAAUAAUAUUAUUAGUGGUAGCAACGGGAAUUCUGAUAGUAGUUUUGGCGGUGAAAUUGUGGCAGAAGAAAAUUUCUUGGGUAUAUGCAGUAGAGAAUUACUUGCCAGAGGCGUUGAGCUCCUCAAACGCACUCGGAAAGGUGAUCUUCAUUGGAAAGUUGUGUCUGUGUAUAUAAACCGGAUGAAUCAGGUUAUACUAAAAAUGAAGAGCAGGCACGUCGCUGGGACCAUCACGAAAAAGAAAAAGAAUUUGGUGGUGGAAGUGAUCAAAGAUGUACCGGCCUGGCCGGGGCGCCACUUGCUUGAAGGUGGCGAGGAUCGUCGUUACUUUGGGUUAAAAACAGUGAUGCGUGGAACUGUGGAAUUUGAGUGCAGAGAUCAGAGAGAAUAUGAUGUGUGGACUCGGGGUGUUUCGCGUCUUCUCUCCGUUGCAGCAGAAAAGAACAACAGGAACCGGAUAUGAGCAUGAACAUCUGUUUCUGUGUUGAAUGUGAGGGAUAAGAAAUUUUGGCAGUGGGAAUGGGCGAAUCAAAGAAGGUGAAGGUGCUACUAGCAGGCAUUAUAGGUCUUUUUGUACAUGUGGGUUUUUGAUUAUUGUAAAAAGGUGAAACUAAAGGCAACUGGGGUCACACUUUGGAGGAAUUGGAUGUAAUUUUUUUUUGAAUGUGAAAGCGAAACGUUCAAUCGAAGUGAGGCCAACGUGAGCCAAUAGGCCUUUGGCUCUUUGAUUGUUUUGGAAGAAAAAUGAGUACCUUGGACUUGGGAUUGUAGGGGUAGUCAAAAAGAAGAGGAAAGAAUCAUUUUGGAGGGAAAGUAUAAUGUUUGAGGACAAAUGUAUCCUUGUUUGAUCCUCUUGUUUGUACAUUUGGGUUUGGACUUUAUAAAAAAAGUGGUCAAAUGUCUUGAUUUUCGUGUGAUUAUCACAAUAAAUAAUUUCUGGGCAUCGUCUAUUGGAUUGGA